AUGUCACAAGUUUUGCCAAUCGACAAAAAGCAGCUUCGUGCUUGCUUAUUAUGUUCACUUAUAAAGAAUGCAUCUCAAUUUAGAGCCAAUGGUUGUGAAAACUGUGACGAAAUACUGCAGAUGAGAGGAAGUAUGGAUCGUGUUAUAGAAUGUACAAGCUCCAAGUUUGAAGGUUUCAUAGCCAUGAUGAACCCAAAAGAAAGUUGGGUUGGCAGGUGGCAACGCAUAGAUAAAUUUACAAGAGGAUUAUAUGCAAUUCGUGUGUAUGGAAGAAUACCAGAGGAUGUAGAAGAUGAUUUAGCAAGGCGUGGUAUUCCAUAUAAACCCAGAGAUGGAAGUAUGGCUGAUUAA